UCGCCACGACGAUCCUCCAGAGCUCGCACAUUGGCUUCGCACUCCCAGCAGUCUCUCUCGACCACCAAUUUCACCCGUCUCGAGCGCCAUACCAGAUCCCUCAACCGACCCCAGUCGGGCAAGUCGACGCCUAGCGCAUCCGUCUCGUCAGAUCCGCUCGACGACAUUGACGACACACUGCUUGGCCGCAGGCGGAAGCGCGGCCACGACGAAGAGCAAUACAAGGGCUUGCGGGGCGACGCUCUAGACAUGUCCAACGACCCGGAUUCUCUGCAGGAGGAGGAGGACGAGGCGGUCCGGUGCAUAUGUGGCUGCGAAGAUUAUCCCGGCCGCCCUCCCGUUGACGGUUCCGACGCCCAGUUUCUCGCUUCAAUCGAGCUGAGUGAGGACGUCACCGGGUUUUUCGUGCAGUGCGACAUUUGCAAAGUGUGGCAGCACGGAGCAUGCGUCGGCAUCUUCAGCGCGGAGAGCUCACCCGACGAAUACUUUUGCGAACAGUGUCGGAAAGACCUUCACAAAAUCCACACAGCAGUCAACGGACAAAAAUACUCCAAAUAUCUGCCUCUGAGUCGGCCUGCGAGGACUGCGUCUCGGGCUACGUCCAUAGCCAAAGAUGGUGCUCGGUCGCCGAGGCUGGGCAGUUCCAAGUCAGGUCGGUCUCAGUCGACCUCGCAAAUAUCGAAGCGACGAUCCACCAUGAACAGUCGCGACGCUGCUUAUGACGAUGAACAACUACGACGGGCCAUUGAAGCGAGCAAAGAAGAAGUGGCUCAGGACGGGGCAGAGAGCAUCACCAGACGCACAAAACGUGGCCGCAGCAAUAGUGAAGAAAACAACGUCGCCAUUAAGAGGCAACGCACAAACUCUCAGAGCCCUUCGCCCCCGCCAAAGCCAAUAGACGCCCUUAGCCGCGAAAACACGGAUGACGAGAGCAAUGGUCGGAGUGGCCUGAAACGAUCGCGCGUCUACAAAGGCACGGACAAGUCAGACAAAGAGGAGAAGGAUCGCCUGCGACAAGAAAGUGCAAACAAGCGGAAGGGGCGGGCCGAUAGGCGACGAACUGAAGAAAUCAACCCCCCGUCUUCUAAGGCGGCUCCCGCCACGAAAAGUGCCGAACCGACGACCACGGCGGAACCUGCACCGCUCCCAUCCCCUGUCCCCGGAACCCCUCCUGCGUCCAACUCUUCCACCGCAAACGCCCCCAAACGGAGCUCGCGGAGUAAUCACAGAAAGGGCAAAGGGAAGAAUCAAUACACAAAGGAUCGAAAUACAGAGAUGGAACACUCGCCCGCACGAUCAGUAUCCCGAGACAACAACGCUACUUCAUCCAGCCACGCGAAGAAUACUAGCGAUCACAAGAGCAGCUCAAAGGCCAAAUUAGGGAUUGCCGGUAGGAUGAGCAUGCUGGAUAUGAAGCGGCGGGUAGCCGCCAUCAUGGAUUUCAUCUCCCGGACGCAAGUCGAUCUGGCGGCUGAGGCGACGUUGGACCGCAGCAACAACUCUACGGAUCUUGACUCUCACGACACUACUGCUUCCCCAGCAGAGACACCAAUGUCCAGGGACUUCAAAGACCUGACCUGCAUCGAGAUGAUGGACGUUCUUACACGAGAUAUGGUCAAGUGGCAGAACCAAUAC